GAGCUGCAGAAUGCAGAACAGGAUCAACAACACGAACAGCAGCGCACGUGAAAAACAAAAAUGGCUGACCGAGCGAUUGUUUUCGUUGCGUGAGUGCUUCUAUUGAUAAACUUUGGGACGCGAAAUUACCAGUGAUAAAUGGGUUAGAACCGGAUUAAAAUAGUAUCAAAAGUUACACGAAUGCCGUAGAAUCAUGAAGAGAAAAUUAAACACCUUGGAACUGCGUAGGUUGAAGGAGGAAGGGGGUCGAGGAGCAGCAGAAUGUGAUGUGGAAGAUGAUGGCCCGGUGACCCCUAGCAAGAGGGGGCGAAAAUCGGUCGCACCUAGCUCCAGUCCAAAGCGAUCCGGAGGAAAAACGACCAAGAGUUCGGUUGCAGGAUUCGGUAAAAGGGCACGAAAAGAAGAUCCCCGAGAGAAUCAAGAUUUGAGCAAGGAGGAAAUCGCGUUGAUGUUUAUGGAAGUGUCCGAAAAAAUCGACCGUUGCUUCGACUUUGAUCUGCAGAAAUGGCUAAACCGUUAUGAGAGUCUUGGUGGGGGAAUCAACUUCCCGGAGGCGGCAAUGUUGAUUAUGAGUGCGGCUCAAAUUUACGGCCGCAAGGUUGACUACCUGGAGGACAUGAUACUUCACAUGGACCAGGAUCAGAAGGGCCGCGAAGAGUGUUUAAGAGAAGAAGGUGGCGAUGCAAUGGAAGGCCCGAGUAAGUCAACUACCGGCCGAAAACGUCGCUUUCAACCGCAAUCGCUUUCGGAUUGUUUCACCGAUUUAGAGUUCAGCUGUGUGGAUGGCAAAAUGCUUUCGAUCGAAUCUUUGGUCACCAAAGUCGAUCGAGUUACCGUUGAUGGACGAAACAAGUUCCAGCAAAUGCAGGAGCUCUGUAACGAACUACGCUCGAUGCCAACCAAACAGCGAAGGCAAGAAAUUUUGAACCGUCUGCGGGAUGAAGCAAACAUUCCCCCGAUAAUGUCCAGCCACACGGCAGCCAGGAAAAAUCAAGUUUUGGAUUUGGAAUCCGGCGAAACGAUUGGAACUCGUUACGACUAUCAAGUCUAUUUGAACUUCAUUGACGUGCGUACUGGUUCGCUCAUUCCAGAGCAUGAUCUGAAGAAAUUUUUCCAACGAUGCGAUGUGAUUGAUUACCUGUACGAACAACAGGAAUUUGAUUCGAAACGGUGUAAACGCAUGGGUCAGCCGGAGCCAGAAAAAGUAUUUCCACUGAAACCACGAGAGUUCAAAAUCUAUAUUCCUCCAGACUAUCUGCAAAACAAGUACCGCAUACGAGUGCACGAUACCUCCGAUUUUGACAAUGCACUUCAUCAAGCUAAAAGUAGCAACUAUCGACAAGAUCCUAUUUUGACGCUGAUGAAAAGCAGAUUUGCUGAUCAAGCUAAACUUCCCGAAUUUGACGAACCUCUAGCUGUGGAAAAUUGUAACGAUGACGUAGAGCCGGAAAACAUUUCAUUUGACAAUGUUCUUACGUCUUCGAUUGUUGAGAAUGUUGCUGUACCAGUAGAAAAUGUUCCAGAUCCUUCACUGGCAAAUGAAUCAAAAGACAGUCCCCGCCAAGAUGGAACAACUGCUGAUAGUACGGAUUCUACAGCCUCGGUCACUAUAGAAGAAAGUCCGAACGAUAGUACAAAACAAAUUGAUUCGAAUGACAGUUCCCAUAACGACAUAAACACAUCUGCAUGUGACAGCGUGUUCGAUGAGCCGGAAUAUCCACUGAUGGAGAUCAGUGAUCUACCGGAUUCCAAUCAAACGACAGAUCUCAAUACAUCGACGUCGUUGACAGAUCCGCACUCCGAUUUGAACACAUCUUUAAGCCACGCAAAUCAGCCCAAAUCGAAGGAAUCCUCCCCGGAACCGGAACUGAUGGCCCUUGAAUGUCGAUCGCUCAACGGCACUGACAGCUUGAAUGAUCCCCGACAACCAAAAUCUUCCUCCCGACUCAGCCUGGAGGACGAAGGCAUCGGAGCGGAUCGUGAAUCGCUGGGCAAAGGUUCACCGCUCGGCUUUAGUUCCGAAUCCGAUCGACACCCACCCCGUACCGAUUCGAUGAUGAGUGAUUGCAUCGGAUCGUUACCGAAGACACCGGAACCGACCCCGUUCUUCGGUGGUGGAACAAUCAUCCUCAAUGGGUCCUACAGCACCGGUCGGACCCUGUCCCUCAAACCGACGCUGCUAACGCUGAAUAUACUGGGUAUCCCGGAGUGUCAUCUGCGAAAGCAUUUGCUGUUUGCGUUACCUCCGGAGUACAAGCGGAUGAAAAUGGACCUGGUGCGAAAGACGAGCGACCGAGGCAAGGACAUGUUCACGCUGGCAGUUUACAGCCUCAGCCCGAGGGCUCCAAAGAAUCCGGAAUGGUUGAAACGAGCUGCUACGCCUGAGUUGGAAGAUUGUCACGGUUUCGACGAGUUUGCGGACAUACUGGCCGGGCCGUACGGCAAGUGUCUGUACAGUUUGGCACCGAUGAGCGACGGGCAACGAUCGUCACGGGCCUCUACGCCGGAAAGUGAAUUUUUCGGCUUCGACAGCACCAUUUCAAUAACUCGUCGCAUCUUGGAAGAUCCGAGCGAUUUUGAGGAUUUCGUUGAUGCACUGGAACAGCUACCAGCGGAGGAGCCACGUGAAAAGCCGUUUGAACCCGAAAGGACUAUUGGGAAUGUUUCACAGGACCAGGUUGUUUCUACAGAUAAACCUUUGGAAGCUGUGUUAGCUGAGAAAAGUGCUGAAGAGGUUCCGUUAGAAGCAAACGCAGUCCAGCAGUCCAACUCUCAACAGUCUACCCCGACGCGUACAAUGUCCAGGGAUUCAGGCAUAUCGGAUGAGCAGAAUGAGCGUCGCGAAAGUCGAUCCAAGGAAGGCAGUCCGGAACCAGGGAUAGUUGUCAGUAACCCUGCUCAAGAACCGGCAGUUGCACCGACCGUAGAACUCGAGUCCGCAUUGACCAGUGCCAAAUACAUUCAAAGCGUUGCGGAAGCUAAGGAGCUCAUCGAGAAGGUCAAUAAUUGGCACCGGAAAUUAAAACCCAUUUUGAUUCAAUCGGAGAAACGAAACCACUUUGACAUCCAUGCUUACGGAACAGAAAUUAUUGAUUCGUUUCCAGCAGAUGUGGAACCUGAAAAGGCGGCGCCCAUCAAUUUUGCCCACGUUAUGGAAAACAAACAACAGGACUGCACAGCACGGUACUUCCUGUCGAUGUUAAUGCUUGCAAACACGAAUAACGUGCAGAUUGUGACGAACAAUCAGGACGCACAUAGGUUAACCACGAAAAAAGACAUAGAACUGCGAUUGCUCAGCCGAAAGAGACACCACCAGGAAAUGGAAUCGAUGGGCGAACGUAUACCAUGUGAUAAUACUCCGUCCGGAAAGGCGGCAAACAAAAUUAAAUCUCCACGGGGGAAAAAACGAAAACGUUUGCUCGAAGACGGAGAAGACGAUGGAGUUAUGUUUGAGGAAUGUAACGGCGACGAGUUGAGCGGGAUUCAGCGGUUGCGAAGUGCUAACGAAGACGAUGAUUCCGAAGACGAAGAUUUUCUAGAACGUAUACGUCAAAUUUACCCGGACAUGAACGGAGAGGAAACCAGACGAAAACGGAUAGCUUUCCAGCGGGGUAUGCGACAUUGUACGUACGGAAUAGCAACAACCGACGAACCGCUACCCGUCUCUUCUAAAGAACAAACUGCUGAAAAUGCAGCUUGUCCGGUUUCAAACGAUGGUGAGCAAAUUCUCAAUAACUCAACACAACCGGCCUCAGCACAAAUUCCGAAUGAUUCUCCCAGUCUUGGCAAUUUGUCUGAAAAACAAGUUGAGGAUACUAGCGUGGAACGACCCAAUCCGACGGACACACAAAUUGAAAUGGAAGACGAAAUCCUCUCGGUCGAUCUACUCACGAAUGAAGCUGUGAUAGGGCCGCCGAUCGGUGUCCCCGUUGACGAGCAGGAACCUUGCUGCUCCAAAAGCAUCAUUUCGGUUUCCGAAUCCGGGUACCAAUCAAUGAUGGGUCUCGGCGAAUGCUAGUAGAGUAGUAGGACCAAACUUCCGGGCACCGUCAACAUCAUCAGCGUACCGUACGGUGAGUUAUUUUUACAUCUUAGAACACCGGCGUCAAAUUAUCGAAAAUAAUUUUAUUUGUUGAUUAGAUCAUAUGCAGUUUCCAGAACAAAUUGUGUCGUUUUAGGCGUUAAGUAAAAAAUCUCUUUAACUCCACACUUUUUUGUUGGAUAUAAGCUGAAAAAUUAGUUUUAAGUUUGCUUUUUUGUGCACCUCCUUACAGUGACGCAAAUGUAUUCCUUCAGAUUUAGUUCAGUUGUAUCAACGCAUUUGAUUUCGUACCAGGUACCAGUGAAGUUUCUUUUCUUUGAACAAAGCAAAAACAUCUUGACAGCCAUAUUUUUGGUUAACACUUUUCGUACUCGAAUUUAUUUCUUUAUUUACAAGCAUCUAAUGUUUCCUUUAACAUACUAGAAAUUUUCAUAUACAUUUGCUUUAUGCUUAUUUCCAUUUACACUUUUGCAUUUUCAUUUUUUCUAAGUGCAACCUGCACGUUCACUACUUUAAUUUACUAGAACUAGAACAAACCCAACCCCAAUGACGCUUUUCGGAAAAGUAGAAAUAGCAACCGUUCAGAUAUCCAGUGAUUUUUUUUUUCAAACUUAACAGAUAAAACUUUUCGAGGUUAGAAAAAAAAAUAUGUACAUAGGCAAAACUUGGACAGUUAAAGAGUUUAGGGAGCUGUGUGUAGCCAAUAUCUAUUCUGGACUAUUUUAGAAAGCACACACGUGACAGGCGAAUAGAGAAAAUAAACUUGAAACUUAUUGUAAAAAUCGGUAUAUUUUGUAAUAAAAUAAAUCAAAGUUGA